AUCCUCCGGCUCCUGCCAGACCUAGGCUAUUUCCCGAUCAGACCUGUUAUUUCCCGAUCAGACCUAUUCCUCUCUCGGCCUCCCACCGCCACCGGCGGCGACGAGUAACUCGCCCGCUGACCCCAGCAGGCAGCCAUGGGAGGGCACGGCGGGUUGAACAUCCUGCCGCAGAAGCGGUGGAACGUCUAUAACUUCGACAACCGUGAGAAGGUGCAAAAAGACGAGGCCGCCGCCGCCCGGGAGGAGCAGCUCCAGCGCGAGGCGGAACGCCGCCGCGAGUCGGAUCUACGCCUCGCUGCACUACGCCGUAACCGCGGCCUGGUCCAGGCGGAGACGCCCCCCGCUCCUCCAUCUCACCCCGCCGGCCCCGCUGAUCCGGCGGACGCCCUUCCUUCCCCGGCGGACGCCCUUCCUUCCCCGGCAACGGAUGGAGACCACAUCAACCUCUUCUCAGGUGGAUCAGGCGUCGCCACUGAUUUCGAUGCGCUCGCCUCGGCCAGUGGUGGGAGGGGCGCGGCUCGGGAGCGGGAGCCUGAUGCCGACCCUAACCCUAAGAAGCGGAAGAAGAAGGAAGAGGAGGUGAGGGUUGUGGGGCCCGAUGAGGAGAAGUACAGGCUGGGCUACGGCCUUGCCGGGAAGGGCGUGGCGGUGCCCUGGUACAUGUCGAGCCCUGCAGCGGCAGCGGCCAAGGAGGGGAGGGGCAGAGAUGCAAGGGAGGGUAACGGGGUGAAGAGGAGUGGAGGGAAGAAGAGCAUCGAAGAGCUGAGGGAGGAGAGGAAGAAGAGAGAGGCCAAGGAGAAGGAACGCGAGCGAGCCAUCCUUGUUGCUGCAGGGAGGAAGGAGAGACAGGUGGAUCGGGGGCGCCAGUCAAGAUGGGCUCGGUGAUGUAAGGAUUUUCAUGGUAUAAUGUCCAAGAAUACUAAGGAAUUAAGGAUAAGUCAUCGAACCGGGCAUGGCCUGACUACCUUACCAUGCAGAUGCAUGUGGCUGCAAAAAUUACACCGUUCAGUUGCCAAAGGAUAGUUGUGAGCAGUCCAAGAGCAUCAUGAUAUCAGUAACAAGAAGAUUGUAUCAUUUGUUGGAAAUCAAUUUAUUUGGAUCUUUUUUUGUAAAAUAUUCCGUGUAAUAUACUGAGAAUGCAAUGAAGUCAUGAAGCUAGCAGUACAUGUAACACAGGUGUUGCUUGCUGUUUGUAAAGCUAUUUACUUGGAUUGCC